AUGCAUUUCUUGGAAACAUCACAAAAUCCCUACUUCCCUGGCUCGAAUAAUAUUUGUUAUUCUUCUCUUUCAAUAAUCAAUAAUAAAUUGCACCUCAUACUCCACGCUUACGUUAUCUUAGAAGAUAUAUAUAGGGCUUUAUAUCUCUUCUUCGAUUCAAAAAAACGUGAUUUAGUUCUCAUUGAAGAAAAAAGUAUUGUCAUAACAACUGAGAGAACAACAAACAACAAAAACGAGACUUUUCAACAACAAAAAUAUGAGUCUGCCCUUAAUGCUGAAGAAAGACGUUUGAUUCGUAUGAAGAAUGCUCUUUGGAGGCGUAUGAGUCCUUCUAUCAGUUGUAUCGGAAAAGACAACAAACUAGUUUCCCCAAAAACUUUGAAAUGUUAUAUUACAAAAACAAGUCAAACUAUUCUGAAAUAA